GAAGAAAGGCUUACUCAAGGAUAGAAGAGAUAUAGAUUCUUCUAUUUCCAGAAAUCAGCUCGAUUACAACAUUUAUUAUCACCUUCAUCACAAGCGCAUUCAUUGAGCUGCAUUUACACCGUCCUGAACAGAGAUACAGAGAAAAUCCUGCCAGAAACAUCCAUAAAUCUGAAGUUCGAGAUUCAAAUUUCUGCUUACAGAUGAAAAGGUAUUUUGAACUCGUCUUUGGCUUAAUCCUGCUAACUACCGCACCAAGGUGCGGUUACUCGAUGGAAUUAGGGCGAUUAUUGGUGAAUAUGACUCUUGUUCAAAAUGCUUCCACUAUCGGAGCUUAUUGUUUGGAUGGAAGUUUGCCUGCGUAUCAUCUCCACAGAGGAUUCGGUGCCGGAUUAAACAACUGGCUGUUACAGUUUGAGGGUGGUGGGUGGUGCAAUGACGUGGCUUCAUGCUUGGACAGGGCUAAAACUCAUCGUGGAUCUUCACUAUACAUGAACAAACUGGAAGUCUUUUCUGGAAUUUUAAGCAAUAAUGCUUCUCUAAAUCCAGAUUUUUACAACUGGAACCGUGUGAAGAUAAGAUAUUGUGAUGGAGCAUCAUUUGCUGGGGAUUCCAAGUUUGAUAAUGGGACAUCAUUACUUUACUUCAGAGGGCAAAGGAUAUGGAAAGCAAUUAUCCAUCAUCUUCUUCCCAAGGGCUUAGGGAUUGCAAAAAAGGCUUUGCUUUCAGGGUGCUCAGCAGGGGGUUUGGCUGUUUUUCUGCAAUGUGACAAUUUCACCAGUUACUUACCAAGAAAUGCAACUGUUAAAUGCCUAAGUGAUGCCGGUUUUUUCUUGGACGAGAGAGACAUUAGUUUGAACCACACAAUUAGAUCCUUUUAUGAAGAUCUUGUUUCAUUACAGGGGAUAGAGCAGUUUCUGGACAAGAACUGUACAAGCUCCCUCUUCUUUCCAAAACUAUGUUUUUUCCCUCAAUAUGUGUUACCAUAUAUCAAAUCACCAUUUUUCAUCUUAAACUCUGCUUAUGAUGUCUACCAAUUCCAUCACAAUUUAGUUCCCCCUUCAGCUGAUCCAAAAGGACAUUGGUACCACUGCAAGGUUAAUCCGGAGCAAUGUAAUAUCAAUCAGAUAAAUAUCUUGCAAGGAUUCAGGCAUGACAUGAUUGAUGCGUUGAAGUCAUUCUACGAAGAAUCAAGGAGAGACGGGAUGUACAUAAAUUCGUGUUUCGCUCAUUGCCAGAGCGAGUCACAAGACACAUGGUUAGCUGUGGAUUCUCCUAGAGUACAUAAUAAGACAAUUUCCGAAGCGGUUGGCGAUUGGUACUAUGGGAGGAGGGUUACAAAGGAAAUCGAUUGCGCAUAUCCUUGUGAUAAAACUUGUCACAAUAUAAUUGGAUGAGAAAAUGAAGAAUUUCAGGUAUAAUAUAUUUAUAUAAAUAUAUUGGCUUAUCUUAUGUUAUGCUAAUUAGUUGAAAUGCUUAAAGAUGUUAAAUUGGGAAACAUAAAAGAGAGGCCUAACAGAAAGAAAAUUGAAUUUGGUAAGGGUAAAGGAGAUAAUGAUGCAAAAUAGACAGCAACAUAGAGCUUAGAAAUCAUUCUUUCAUACACACAUUACAAAUGGUGUGUAUGCCAUUGAACUUUGAGAAUUAUUUAUACCAAAAUAUUUUCCUUAUUAUGUAUAUGGGAUUAAGAAUUGUAUAAUGUUGUUGACAAACAUAAAUUUGUUUACUUAGAUUUGAUUUUAUUUGAAAACACAAAAUUGAAAGAGGUUGUUAUGAC